CCAUGGGCCGGCAGCGCGCUCCGGCCGAGACCUGGUGGCGGCGGCUGCUGCGCGCCGGGUGCCGCCGGCUCCUGUCGCUCUGCGGGAUGGCGCUGCGGGGGCUGCGGGGGCUCUGGAGCCUGGCGUGGGUGCUGCUGAUGUGCUACAAGAGCUGCUGGGAUGGAGCCUUCCAGGUCGCCGAGGAGCUCGGCACAGCCCUGCAGCUUAGACUAGAGGGGAGAGAGGAGGAGGAGAAUGUGGACUCAGAUUCUGCAUGGGAGCCUGGACAGACAGGGCAGUGGCAGCAGCACGGCGAGGCCAUGCUGGGGAGGCUGGAGGCUCUGGAGGCCGAUGUCCACUUCCUCUGCACCGAGCUGGGGGCUGAGAAGCUCCUGUGGAGCAGCCGGUUCCUGGAGCUGCUGCGGGAACAGCAAAGCCUGCACCAACGGGUGAGUGCCCGGGGGGUGCCAGCCCCCAGAGCCCCCUCUGACACCCCAGACCCUCACACCCUGUCCCAGCUGCAGGAGCUGCUGUGGCGGUGGAACAGCGGUGACAGCCCUGAGCUGCUAGGGGAAGCAGAGAACCAAAGUGCUAGUGGGAGUGAAGGAGAGAGCCCAGAAGGACGCCAGUGGAUGGAGGCACCUCAGCAACCACGUGGCUCCAUCCAGCCUGACAGGCAGAAAAUCCCCAUCCAGCAGAGCUGCAGCCAUUCCCCAGGAGCAGGACGCAGCUGGAGGCAGGUCAGGACAAGCCACUGGCCCUGGAUCUGCCCCAGGACACAUCACAGCUCUCCCUGCCCAGGACUGCCCCUGGGCUGACUGUGUGUGGUGAAGCCCACCGAGGAGCAUCCUCCUGCUCUGCUACUUGUUGGGAGUUCCAGGAACAAGGGUCUGGUCAGCCCCAGCUUCAGUCACCGUGCACUGGGUGAGGGAUUGCAAAACUCACCCACUGACUUCCUGAUCGGCCAGAUCCAUCCUCCGCAGCUGUUCCUGCACGUGUCGCAACCCUGGGCUGGCUCCUUGAGACAGCGGUCAAGGGCAACCGGCUCCCUGGGCACGGCUGAGGGCCCCUCCAACCAGGCCUGGGAGCCUGCAGGGCUGAGGGGCUGCCCAGUGCCCUGGCCUGGCCCAGCACGGGGGGCUGCACCCUGCCCUGCUCCCACUGUUCAAUACAGGCAGCCU